GAGAAGUAAAAAAAAUUGGUAUAGUCUCUGAAAUAUGUUUUAAAUUUUUAUCUUUACAAUAUCAUUUAUGAUUUCAAUCCUUAUCACUAGAAUGAACAUUCGGACUAAUACAUCGUAGUUCGUUUGUAAAAGAAAUUAAAAUGAAAACGUCGGAAACAAUAUCACUCGAUAAAAACAAGCAACGAAGCGUAGCGGCCAAAACCAAGAAACUGAAAAAGGCAAUUAAAUCUGGUAAAAUAUCAAUAAGAGAAGACCGUAAAGAAAGAAGACUCAAUGCAGAAAAGGCACGAGGUUUAAUCUAUAUCGCACAUUUACCGCAUGGUUUUUAUGAAGAGGAAAUCAAAAAAUAUUUCAAACAAUUUGGAAGAGUGACGAACAUCAAAGUAUGCCGUUCCAGGAGUAACGGGAAUAGCAAAGGGUUUGGAUAUGUGGAAUUUGCACACCCUGAUGUUGCCAAAAUAGCGGCGGAAACGAUGAAUAAUUAUAUAAUGUUCAAGAAACGAAUUGUUGCUGAAUACGUUCCAUAUGAAAAAAGACCCAAAUCAUUGUUUCACGGUAAACAAAGCAUGCCUCAGAAAUUCUCCAAACAGCGGCAACGUCUUAAAAACGAAAAAACUAAGAAUAAAGAAAUUGAUGAUGAAACACAUUUAAAUCAGUGUAGAUCCAGAUUAACUAGACUACAAAAAAGGUUACAAAAAAUCAAUAAGUUCGGAAUAAAUUAUGACUUAAAGCCAGUUGAUGUACCCAAGGGUGUAAAUAAAAAAGUUUCACAUUAAAAA